ACAAACGGAGUCCAUCUCAAAGAAACCACAGCAUAUCCUGAGUCAAGUCAGAGCAAUAGAAAGUGUGGCUGGUUAAGUAAUCGAAGUACUGGAAAUUUCUCAGAGAACCAGUAGGGUCUUAUCUUUUUAGAAAAGGAUAGAUUUUACGUACUCAAAGGCAAAAAGAAUCAAAAUUCUGUGGUAAGUCUUGAAGGAAGAAUCUAAAAGCGAUCAGAGAAAAAACAUGAAUGACUGUCAUGAAUGCAGCCAGUCAAGGCAUCAGUGCCAGACUGGAAAGCUUAUAUGUGCAGAUCCAGAAUAGAAGACCAUGACAAUGACACUAGGAGUGGAUGCAUCUCAAACUGCAAAACCAAAGGGUAAACUAACUCGUCCGAAGCCGUGUUAUCUUUGGACUACGGCAGAUGUUCAAAAGUGGUUCAAGCGGCACUGUAGUGAAUAUUUUCAGCUAUAUUCCCAUCUUCUCAUUCAGCAUGACAUCACUGGCAAGGCCCUUGUGAGGAUGACGGAAGGAACCCUCAUCAGGCUAGGCAUAGCACAUCCAGAGCAUCUCGAGGCCAUAUGGCGUGAGAUUCUGAAGCUGAGGCUAAAGGCGGACAUUCAGGAGAUGAAAGAAAUUGAAAUGAGUUCCAUCAUCUCCUAAAGCAAAAAGAAGGGGAGGUAUGAGAGUGAUAAAAUCAAAUUCCAUUAUCUGCUUCUCUUUUGUGUGAUAAAAAAACAGUGUAGUAGCUUUAAUCUAAACAUAUAAAUAGGGUUUUUAUGUUUAUUGAUGUAAGACAUGGAUGGCAGAAAUUUUUCAUUUGCUUGAUUUUCAAGAAAAUCUUGGCAUUUGAUAUAAUAUUCAUAAGACUUGUACCUUUAAUAAUAUAUUGCCCAGGAAAAAUGAGUCAGGUAGACUGUUUAUUCCAUCAAAUAUUCAGAAGUGUGUUUACUCAUACUGUUUAAUGUUAGUGAAUAUUCUUUUGGCAAACUACAGUCCUAGUCAUUUUUAUAAGUUGUUUGAUUUUACACAAUAUGAAUUAAAUUUGAUUUUGUAUACCCAGUACUAUCAUUUGACAUUAGAAGAAAUGUCCCUUAUCAUUUUUGUUGUGUAGACUAGUUUUUGGCUAUGUUAGUUUUGAUGUCCUUUUUUUUCAAAAUCUCACUACUUGCUUGUCACUAGUUACCAAAAAGAAAAUACCAGUAUUCUAGGCAGUGCAAAUAGAGGGAACAGUUGAGUUUCUUUCCAUGAAUAUUUUUAAAAAUCUAAACAUAUUAAUUACAUAAUUUCUUCUUAAUAAGUAAGUACUUUUGGAGCCCUCUAUAUGUAAACAGAGGUAAUAUAACAAAACCUCAAGACAGUGAAAGAAUUGGAAUAAGUUUUACCUCUCUCAUUUACCUGCACAUUGAAAAAGAUACUGUAGCAACUAUUGAACUGUAUAUAUUGGCAGUGGUAGUAUGUACUGAUUGUAGGAUUGUGAUGACAUGAAAUGUCAUACAAUGACUGGGAUAAUAGGGACCCACUUGGAAUUCACAUCCCUAAUAUCAAGAGUUAACCCUUUUCACUCAGAGAACUAGUGGCCUUAAAUUUAUUUGUUGUUGUACUAGAAGAAAAUUGUCUUUGAUUAGAUUUUCACACUUUAAAGUAAUAUUUGAUACCCAGGCAUGAAUUUGAAUUUUAUACCUUCCGGCCACUAAUUAGAGGUAGAAAUGCAACUUGGUAAAUUCCAAAUGCUUUUUAUAGAACAUUAUUUUUUUCCAUUUCUUGCAAAGAAUGAUAUCAAAGAGCUUUACCUUAUCAAAUAAGAAGCUCAUAAUGUUUCCAGACAGUAUUAUUAAAGUAUAUGUAUCAGCUGUAAUAUGAAAUUGUUCUAUUUUUAAUGGUAUAAGUUUGAAAUACUCUGUGACUUUUUCUUUAACCUUUUGUAAUGUUGAAAUUUAGAAUUGCAUAACAAAAGAUGUCAAAACCCAAGUGUUCUAUGAAUUCCACUUUAUAUACCAUGAACCAAAUCAUGUAUUUUUGCAUUUAAGUUUGUAACUAUCCUUGUAAAAAACUAUGGUAAUGUAUUGUAAUGCAUUUUGAAACCAUUUCAAUGUUAGCCAUUAUAUAGGCUGUUUUGCAUGUGAAUUUUUUGAUAUUUUGAAAAUAAAAUGUAUAUCUGUAUUUGGCGAUAAUUGAGUGGAUUGUAUAGAAUUCUGUCAUAUUUAUCAUUCCAUGGUUCAUGGAACAAGUUAUUUUGUUUACGUUUAUUAUGUUACCAUCUUUUUGGUAAUAUGAAAUUUUGUUGUAACAUCAGUUGUUACAGAUUGCUCCUUUAUAGGCAUUAUGAUUCAUCUUUUUGUUUUAUUUUUUAAGUCAAAAGAUAUUGUCAUGACAGUAUUUUGCUGAGAGAGUAAAUUAUAACUACAAUGAGAAAUUUUCGAAUUUAACCCCUUGUGGGAUAGAUGGUCAACUUUCCACUAAAAACAGAUAUGAAGAAAAUGUUUGUUUUAAGAAAUGUUGGCAAUGAGGAAGAAAACUGAAAAUGUAUGCUAUUCUCAUUUAUUGACAUCAUUUUAUAUUGGAGGAGUGUGGAAGGUGGUGGCUGGUGAAUGUGAGGUUUGGAUGAGAUAAGGAUGGUCAGUUCGGUGAGACAGGCUCCUCUUAUUCCUUAUAUCUUAUUCCUUAAACCUGGUAACCAUCAGUCUUGAAAGAUCUUGGAAGAAAGAAUAAAAAAGCAAUUUUAUCUAUUUGUUAUUGUCUCUAUUCAUUGGAUAUUUGCAGAUGUUUGUGUGCCCUUUGGUUUUUCUUUUAAUGUUGUGUAUAUGUGCUUUUGUGUGGCAUUGAAAUAAAUUAGCUAAUUGGAAACAGAAACCCUGUCCAUGUGAACAAGCAAUGUAUGUUGGGAUUUGUCUGUUUUUAUGUCUGUGGAAACAUGUUGUCCACAUGAGAUGUAAUCAAAGUCAGGCAGGAAUAAGAGGAGGUACCCAACAGGGCUGUGUGUGCUAUGAUAACCAUGGCGAGCAAUAACAAGAAUUAUUAUUGUGGAAAAAGGGCCUUACACUUGUGGUCACUGUUCAGUUUGCCUUUGGAUGCAAGCAAAGUCUGUCAGCAGGCCACCAACUCAUUUUUGCCCUGUUGAAUGCUUUGUGUUUGUUUUUGUGUCCAUCUUUAUGUGUGAGGAGAGUAGAAAGAACAAUGGUAACUGGAAAAUUUUUAACCGAGAAGUAAUUUCAUAGGACCUGUUCUCACCUAGUUUUAUGUAAUAUUACAGGGCAUACAAGGGGUUAAUGUGAGCCUAAGCUUUUUAAUGGCUUAAUUUCUUCCACUUUGAAUUUGAUGUUCUGUCUUUUUUCAGUUUUAUUGUUUUACAUUUUUUUCAUAACCUUUUCUUUUUUGGGGUGUCUUUUUGUCACAUCCUUUUCUUUUCUUGAUAUAUUUAGUAUCUAAGUGUCUCUUUUUCCUAUGCUGUUAUGCACAAAAUUCAAAACAUAUCAAUACUCUGUAGGAAACUGAAUAUUCAUACAAGCUCAUUGUGAUGUAGACUUAUUUUUAGAGCUCAUUAGUUGAUUACCUCCCCUCAGCUCAAGAUAUAUAAUAUAUUAAUUAUUGUUCAGAGCAUUAUUACAAUCAUUACUGUGAUUUUUUUCAUGUACCAAUAUUCUUAAAUGUGCCUUCUCAGUGUGUAACUAGUUUCCCAAUCUAUAGGUGCCAUAUUGUUUAUGGUAUAUUGUAUUGAUAGCUUUUAGCACAUGACAGGACACUGCGUUUUGUUCACCCCAGCAGUAUUAUUAAAGACUUGAGUUUGCUAAAGGUAGAUAUUAAUUGAUGCUGAUGCUGAAGGAUUCAAAAUUGAUCCUUGCUUGUUUAAUCUGUAUUGACAAAAGCAGUAAAAGGCAUAUUUUUGAGAAUGACACGGUGAAUAGUAGGUGUUCCCACUUUGGCUUUUUAAGUUGCAUGUUAAAUUAGGAACAGUGAACAUCCUGAUCCUGAAGACUUUUAGAAAUUAAAUGAUAACAGAAAGCCA